AUGGGUUGCUGCUUCAGCACCCCUAACUCCAACCAACCCCAAGAUGACCCCAAACACCCUCAACCCCAACUUGGAUCGCUCCAACAAAACUGCAGCAUCAGAGCCCCACGACCCCUUGAAGAGGAAUCUGUGAAAGAGGUUCUUUCUGAAACACCUAUCUCCAAACCACAACAAGUUCCAAUUUUGAUGCCACAAACCAAGACCGAUUUGCCCGCUAUUCAACCUCGAGAGGUGCCCAUAAAAAAAGCUUUGGAAUCAGAGGAAGUGUCUCUCGUGUCGGAAACACGCAGCAACGGCGAGAGCUUCUCCACCACCACCACCGCCACCACCGUCACGGAAAACCGAGAAGACGAAGCCACAAGCAAGAGAUACAACGCAGCCCGGAACCUGAACCGGAAGCGUUCCUACGCAGUCGACGGCAGGGACCGGAGGCACAAAUCUCCGGCGAGAAAGCCGGAAAUUCCUGUGAGGCCACGGCCGGUUCCCCGGAGAGAUUCCAGCCAUGUACGCUGUCUUUCCGGCGAGGAGUCUAUCCGGCGGUCGAAGUCACCCUCGCGUGGAGGACGGAGUAAUAACCUGCCGCCGGCGCGGCGAGUUCCGGCUGCUAAGGGUGUUGUGGAGGAAAAUGAUGGUGUUUCGGUUAAGGAGUCACUAGAGAACCCACAUGUGUCAUUGGAGUGCUUUAUUUUUCUGUAG